UUGUUCUAAACUCUUUCCUCUUCUCUGCUGGUUGCGUAUGGAAUAGAGCUGUUUCAUAUCAAAAGUCAGCGUCUUCGUCUUCCUCUCUCUCUCUCUCUCUCUCUCUCUCUCUCUCUCUACAACAACAUUUGGUCCGGUCUUAAUUUGUUCUUGUCUCAACUUUGAGGAAAAAAGUAAACAAAAUCAUCCUUCACUUCAUCGAGAACUAUAUACCCUAAUCAAGAACUGCAUGUUCUUUACGUUUGUAUUGUUUGGUGCAAAAACAUGCCAGAGCUGAACCCAAGUCAAAUGACACGGUGUUUUGAUUGAGUAUCAUGUGCAGUCAAUUCUUGAAGAGGAUGGAGAAUUAUCAGGGCGAUUUAACUGACAUAAUACGAGCAAGCGGCGGCGGCAGCAGCAUAGCAGGCGGAAACACAGCAGCUGAACCGGCCGCGGCGCCCCACAGCUGGCAAUUUCCAACAAGCAAUCCCGUUAACUAUUCUACCGACCCGCCUGAAGAUUUUGGCGAUCCGUUUACCCACUUGAGAGAUCCACUCCUCCAUGAUAUCGACACCCCAGUAUCAGGAUUCUUCCACAACUCCAAUAUCAUCAAGCCUAGCUUUGAAGAAACAGGAAAUACUGCUGGAGGGUUUGCUAAGGGUAGCAUCAAUCUUGCUCACAGAAUUCCUGAUGAUGAGAUGGAAAGACCGGCUUCAAAUAUUUUUUCAAGGAUGCUGCAGAUCGCUCCUACUACAAAGUUGCCAGUUUCUCCGUGUGAUUCUCCGGCGGUGGUGGCGGCUGCUUCCCCGAGGGGGUUAGAGGGUCCUCCUGUAUUAGUUCCUAACAGCACUCACACUUUGAUUUCACCAAAUAGCUCCAGUGGGUGCUUGGUGGAGAGCCCAGGCCUGCAGAUCUCGUCUCCGCGAAAUACGGGCAUCAAGAGAAGGAAGAGUCAAGCGAAGAAGGUAGUUUGUAUACCGGCUCCAGCACCUGCAAACAGCAGGCCCAGUGGAGAAGUUGUUCCCUCAGAUCUUUGGGCAUGGAGAAAGUACGGGCAGAAGCCUAUCAAGGGUUCCCCUUAUCCAAGGGGUUACUAUAGAUGCAGUAGUUCAAAGGGUUGCUCGGCGAGGAAGCAAGUAGAACGGAGCCGAACCGACCCGAAUAUGCUGGUGAUCACCUACACUUCGGAGCAUAACCAUCCAUGGCCCACCCAGAGAAAUGCUCUUGCAGGCUCCACAAGAGCUCAGCCAUCCAAGAGCAGCACCGCCGCUAAAAGUUCACCAAACUCGCAGGCACAGAAAAGCACAAACCCGAAAGAAGAGAUGAAGGAAUUCAGCACAGAAAAGACAGCAGCGCCCUCAUCAUCAUCCCUUUCUGCAGCCGUGAAAGAGGAGAUGCAUCAAGAUUUGGAUCAUAACCAGGUGGAGAUGGAUGAUCCGGAAUUUGAUGAAGGGUUUCCAAAUAGCUACAAGCCCACAUUGCCAGACUCCAACCAUUCAGAAGACAGCUUCUUCGCUGAUUUGGAAGAGAUUGAGGCUGACUCUUUAGAUAUAUUAUUCACGCAAGGAUUUUCGGGCGAUGAUGGGCGAGACGACGACAAGGCCUUGGAUCCAUUCAGCUUCUACGACUGGGCCACGGGAAACAACACUAGCACUAGUACUUCCACAGGCGGCGGUGGGGGUGGCGCCACCACAUCUUAUGGAGAAGCAAAGAGGGGCGAAUAAUUAACUGAGGACAUGCAUGAUGAUAUGACAACAACAGAAGCCCCCACUCAGAAAAACAGAAUCCUAUACAAAUGUAGAGGUAGCAGAAGUCUGAUGAUCAGUUUCAUUCAAGGUCAAGAGCCAUGCAUAACUGUGAGUGUGAGUUUCACGUGGGGAAACUUCAAAUUAUCUCUUCAUGAUUUGCUAUAAUUUUAACCUUUACCCACUGGAAAUUGAAGUUAAAAAGAAAAAGGGUAAAAGGGAUAUAGUAAUUAAAUUAAAGGGUGGUGGAGAGUACGUAGUAAGUAGUAGUCUAGCGAGUCCAAAUAUAUAUAUAUAUAUAUAUAUAUAUAUAAUUUGAAAUGAAGUGAAGUGGGCAUAUGGAUGGAUUGCUUUUGAUGGAUGGGACAGAAAGCUGAGGAACAGAAGGUU